AUGGCUGCUCUAGACCUUGAGGCUCUAAAGAGUUACGUGCGAGAUGGUCCCACGGGUUCCAGCGCCCUUGCUGCUCCUAACGACGGCGACACCGUGUCUCUGCUCGUAACGCACAGUCAUCUGAAGCGGCAAUUCAUUGACAUGAAGUUCUCGCUAAGUGCAAGUUCACCGAGUCGCUCCCCUUCAUCAGCAGACCUAUUCAGCUCUGUAGAGCGCGUGAAGGAGCAGCUUCAGGUGCACACCGGAACAGCCGUGUCAGCCAUGCAGCUGCAGCUUUUCAGUGCUUCCAGCAAGUCGUCAGAAACAGACACAUUGUUACAUUCAGGACUCGAGGACAUUCGACUGCUGGGAUACUACUCCCCUCAAAACGGGUACCGUCUCCACGUGAUUGACACUGAUCCCACCUCAGCAGCUGCCUCUGGAUGGCUGGACGACACGUCCUUGGUGGAGAAAUACACGAUUUCUGAAGAAGAUUAUGAAAAACGAGAUGAUUCUGUUCGGAGGUUCAAGCAACAACUGUAUACUGCACGGCCUGACCUUGCCCCUCAGCCUGGUACUUCUGCGGACUUCAUGGCUGACAUUGCAGCAACCAUAAAGGUUGGCGACAGAUGUGAGGUGGACCCAGGCGGCAAGAGAGGAAGCGUUGCCUUUGUGGGCACUGUAGAUGUUCUUCCUAAUGGAUUCUGGGUGGGAGUGAAGUUCGAUGAGCCUGUGGGGGUCAAUGAUGGAAGUGUGGAGGGUAAGAAGGUCUUUCAUUGUGAGCGCAAUUACGGCUCGUUUCUGCGGCCAGACAAAGUCAAAAUUGGAGAAUACCCUGAAAGAGAUCCGUUUGACGAUGACGAGCCUGAUGAGUUUUAA